AAACAGAACCAGAAAACCAAACCAGCAACCAACCAACAAACCAAGGAAACAAAUAAACAAGUCCUCCAAACUGAACAUGUAGCUCACAGUUCAUCUCUUGUGGAGGACAUGCAAGAGCUUGGGUUUAAUAACCCAGCCUCAUAGAAAUGACAGCAAUGAAACCAAUAUGGAAAGACAUCAACUUUCAUUGUAAACAUUAUUUGUGGAUUAAAGGGUAGAUCAGUAAACACCAAGAAAAUCACAAUGGGAAUGUGACUGUCUUAUGGCAUUCCUUAUAUACAUUAACUCCCAAUAACACAAUUAAAAAACAAAAAGUAUUAUUUUCUCAAAAAUAUAUAUAAAUAUUAAUCUAAAACAAAAUUCCUUAAAAGUAUUGAAAUUUGGAACUGAUGAACUUAGUCAUCUCAUUUAUUUUAUAUACCCUUAUAUUCAUAUAGAGUUAUUUCAGUCACUUCUUCUAAACAAUGGCUUCUUUUAAUCACAUUACAUUUAAGCUGAAAAUAUUGGCAGUGUUUUCUCAAAAUGUAUCUUCCUUUAUCCUUUCAGUCAUGAAAUACUGGUUACAAAUGUGAUUCUGCUGCAUGUGAAAUGUGGGUUAUUUCAAAUGCAGCAGGAAUGCAUAGUUCAUGAUUCUGAUCUUUCAGUAUCAGCUCUCAACAUACAAUUUCCUCUUUUCACUUUGGUCGAGAGGAGGGGCAGAACAUUACAGGCUGGAGUAUCUUACAGAAGGGACUCUCUUCUGUGUUUCAUUUGGAGCUUCUGAGGGGAAUCAGGACUGGAAAGAACAACUUGUUCUUCAUCCUUAGCUUCCUCCAACUGCAUCACCACCUGGAUGAGGUAUAGACGUCAUCACAAGACUAUAUUUUAAUUUAAGCCUUCUUGCUUCUGUCCAAGAUGAGGAAUCAGCAAGUGAUAUAUUCAAACUCAAGAGUUUUUGAGUCUUCUUCAGAGUCACAGAGUCCAGCAAGUCAGUUUGAAACUCAAGGUCCCAGAGAGUUUGGCCGCAAAGUGGCUCUGGGGAUCCUUUGCUUACUUCUGAUGACGGCAAUCGCAGUGUGGCUGACAUACAUUUUUCAGUGUAGUCAAGAAAAAUAUGAUCGAAACAACCUCAAUCAAAGCAUUAGACAAAAUAUCAGCUCCUUUAAUAAAACAUUGACAAAUGAGUCAUCAGAGCAUGAAGACUGCAAAUACGAAAAGGAACAGAAGAGAUGCUGUGGGAAAACUAAGGCUGUUUUAGAUUACGGAAAGAACACAAGCAAAUGUACUGAAACACAGUUGUUCUGCUGUGGUAUAAAAUGUUAUUAUUUCAUCAUGGACAGUAAACGCUGGAAUAACUGUAAGCUGACCUGCCAGGACUGCAGCUUAUCCCUUUUGAAGAUAGAUGAUGGUGAUGAACUGAAGUUUCUAAUGUACCAUCUUACUACAAACACUUUUUGGAUUGGAUUAUCUUAUCAAAUAAGCAAAAGCAAAUGGCAAUGGAUUAACAAUGGCACAUCUAAAUUAGAUUUGAUGAAAUUAAAAUUAUUAAAGGAAAAUGGAGGCUGUGCAUGUCUCAGUUUUCGAGGAAUACAUGAAGAUGACUGUGGUACAAAACACCCUUGCAUCUGUAAAAACACAAUGGAUAGAUUUCCCGAUUCAGUGUACAGUAUGAAGUAAAGUAAAAAGUGAAACAUUUUAUCACC